CAAAUGCUCUCAGUUCAGCCAGACACCAAGCCGAAAGGUUGUGCUGGCUGCAACCGAAAAAUCAAAGACCGUUAUCUCCUAAAGGCACUGGACAAAUACUGGCAUGAGGAUUGCCUGAAGUGUGCCUGCUGCGACUGUCGUUUGGGAGAGGUGGGCUCCACCCUGUACACGAAAGCUAACCUUAUCCUUUGUCGCCGAGACUACCUGAGGCUGUUUGGUGUGACGGGAAACUGUGCUGCCUGUAGCAAGCUCAUCCCUGCCUUUGAGAUGGUGAUGCGUGCCAAGGAUAACGUGUACCACCUGGACUGCUUUGCCUGUCAGCUUUGCAAUCAGAGAUUUUGUGUUGGAGACAAAUUUUUCUUAAAGAAUAAUAUGAUCCUCUGCCAGACAGACUACGAGGAAGGCCUGAUGAAAGAAGGCUAUGCACCCCAGGUCCGCUGAUCCCGCAGUGUCACCCCUAGCAACGCAAAGCCCUACAUCUUUCUAUCUUUUUUGCUCACGUGUACAUAAGAAUCAAUCGACACAGAAACCUACUAAAUAGGUUAGCGGUAGGACAGCAGGAUGGCCAUGCGGAAGACAAGGCGGACUGCAUCUAUAUGUAGUGAAAUUGCCCCCGUUCAAGAGUUGAAUGUCCAUUAUUAAAGAGAGAAGUAAUGUAUAUAUUGCCGGGUUUCUUUGCUUGCCGUUCGUUUUUGUGUCGCUUGGCAUGAGAUGUUUAUUUUGGACUAUUGUAU